CAUGGAGUGUGAUGGAGACUGAGAUCUCAUAGAGCUGUCCUUUAUCCGAGAUAGUGCCGUUCGGUCACUGUGGAUGAUAGGGUAGCGGGAAGCACAGCCACAGGGACGGUCGCAUUGCAUUGAUCCCUGUCAUGUGGGUGCCAUGGGAAAUCCACUUCACACGAAAUCGCGUCAAUCAACACAACGAAACCUAACUUUUAUCUCCAAUUUCGCGAUCUCACCACCACCACGACACUCGACACAGUUACGGUAUAUAAUUCGUGUUUGCGCACACUUCAUCUACGAUAAUCGCAACAAAAUCACCCAUAACCCGCCUCUGCGCCGAAUUUACCAACGCGUUUCCUCGGCCCAACCUCCCCAAUUACCAAGGGCCUGGGAAGCUGAUAUCGCGAUUCCUCAAUCACAACCCCCAAACAACAAACCACAAACCACACCCACAAUGCCUCAAAACCUCGCUCGGCGCGAAGCCCACCCCUCCAGCAGCGGCGGAAUCCGCAAAUCCUACAGCGGCAAAACCACCACCAGCACCACCGCCUCAAAGCGCCUAUCCUUCAGCGCCAUCCAGCCCGGCGACCCCGUUCCGCAGCGAAAAAAGCGUCGCUACCACCCCGGCACCGUCGCGCUCCAAGAAAUCCGACACUAUCAACGCACCACCGAUCUAUUGAUGCUGAAACUCCCGUUCUCUCGGCUGGUGAGAGAGAUUGCGAUGACGCUUGUGCCGAGGAAUCAGGAGCUGAGGUGGCAGAGCCAGGCGAUUCAGGCGUUGCAGGAGGCGGCAGAGGCGUUUUUGGUGCAUUUGUUUGAGGAUACGAAUUUGUGUGCUAUUCAUGCGAAGAGGGUGACGAUUCAGCCGAAGGAUUUGCAGUUGGCGAGGAGGGUGAGGGGGAUGUGGGGGGGGUUGGGUUAG